AAAUCUUUACGCGACGUGAGACGUUAGCCGCGCACUGUCUGGGGUAAUUCAAACGAGCCAAAUGGAUUUUGCUGAGAAAAUUGAUCAUUUUGGACAGUAAAGUUUUUCUGACAGCCUCCUAUUAAAAUAUCCAUAUAAUGUAUCAUCCACUAGACGAUUAUUUUAUAGUUCCUCAAGUCCCAAAGGCUGGUGACAUGAUCACACCACUCAAAACGGGUCACAACUGGGCAAGCGGUGUAAUUAGGUCAGGCAGAAAGCUUUCAAACCGAGAUGUUUUGGUGAUGAACUCCACGGCACAGAAUGCUGAAGAAAAUAGCCCAACUAUCUCGUGUGAACUCAGCAGUAUUAAUGAUGCCCCGGUGCCUCUUCCGGACGAAGCAGAUCUGAUGCUGAAGAAGACCACUGAGACGCCGGCAAAGAUUUUUGCCAGGAUGAAAGCAAAGGUUCAGAGACAAAAUGCUGUGGGUCAUGGAGUAGCUUCUGAUCAUGAGAUGUGUAAAAGUGUCCCUUCAAUCGGCAAGACCCAGAACUCCCAAAUGGGUAACACCAACCAGGAGACUUAUGUGUUAGCCAUCUCUCCUCCACAGUCACCUGAAGGAGCCCAACAGGAUGAAGAGAUGGAUGAUGAAGUGCCUGACAGACAAGAUGCAGAAUCAUUGGCUGAGUCGUAUGUUUUACUGGAGAAGAUGCCUAAGGAGGUUUUUGCAAAGCAAAGGCAAAUGCCAGAGAUGAGUCUUUACAACAGACAUCAGCAGCCUACUGUGUUGCUGGAGAGAAUUGUUCCUGAGGAGACAUUAACUCUGCUUCAUCGGAAACCCAUGCAUUUUGUCAGUGGUUCAAAGGACAUCAAAACAGGUGGUUGUGUUGUAUUUGGCGAGAGGAGCAUUGUGAGCGAUUCAACAGAUCAAGAAAAUGAGGAAAGUUCUCAAACGGGGGUUUCCAGCAGUCCUGAAUCUCCUUUUCAGUCGGAGUGGACAGAACUUGUCGCUGGACCCCUUCAGCCCUCUCAUAAUCUGCUGGAUGAUCCUCUCCUGCAACUCUCUCCUCGUGUUUUCAUCCCACGAAAGAAAGUGUCCGUGUUUCAAUCUAAACAACAAACUAGGCAAAUAGAUUUAGUUCAGCAAGAAGGAUGUGACGUGGAAGGGAUUCAUCUGAGAGAUUGGGUCUUAAUGCUGCACAACAAAGACCUUAUGGUUGAUGGUAUUCGAGUAGACACUAAGAUACCCUGGCACAGCAGUUUUAUUACUGAAAGAAUUUCAAGUAAUGUGCUUAAGACAUCGUCGGGGAGCACCUAUGUCCUUAUUGGGAAAAUGGCCAAGCAUUCCAAUGAAUUGUUUCCACCGUGGUUUUUAAAGAAGUUUCUUUUUGGUUUUCCAAAAUUGUGGAGGGAGUACCUGAAUCAGUUUUUGAAAGAUCAUGCUGGAUCCCAGAUCAGUCAGAAAGCCAACAAUAGUGUGCGAAAUUCCAAAGCCAGAAAUCAACAAACAUCUAAAAAGUCAACAUCUACACAAUCUAAGCCUCAAAACCUUUCGACUUCUCCCAGCACACCCACCGACAGCGUCCCACCAGGUAGUGCAAAAGUUUCAAGGAGUGGCCGAAUCAUCAAACCACCUCUGCAAUACUGGAAAGGAGGGAGGAUUAUUAUGGAUUCUGACAUGAAUGUCACCAUACAUGAGGACUAUUCGACUUCAGUGCUUUCUACGCCCAAAAAGCCUUUAACCCCAGCAAAAUCACAAACCACAAAGGAGCAAUCCAUCCCUAAAACUCUCAGAGGAGGGAGGCGUAACACCUUUAGCAGUGAAGAUGAAAUCUCUGUGCCAAUCAGGAAAAUCAAGUCGCAUUCCAAAUCCCAAAGGACAGUCCCGACACAAGCCAAUCCACUUCCAGCAGAGAGCACGACGCUGCAUAAACCCACAACAGCCCAGAAAGAACCCUCGGGUCAUACAGCAAAACAAAAAUGUGAUGAAUAUAAUAGGCCUCAGAGAAGUUCACAGAGGAAAAAAGAGUUGAGAAAAGAAACUUGUUCACCUCUCAGGUCACAGGUGACUGAGAAAUACACAAACAGUAUAGGGGGGAAAACUUUACAUACUCAUUUCUCAACUGGAGAAGAUGUAUCUUCUGAUGAACAGGGUCAGAAAGCAAAGGGUAAGACCCAAAAACGAAAUCAGGGUGAAUCGCGCACCGAUUUGUCUUCUGAUAACAGUUCCUUACGCAGAAGCUCUCGCAUAUGUUCCCGAGUUCAGUACUCCACUGACUCUAAUAGUUCAUUUGCAUCUCCGGACCCUCCAAAAAGGACAAGAAGAAAAGGCCCUGCAGACCCUAAACCGCUCACAAAACCUCAUAAAGCUGAACCACUCCCAUCUGUGUCCGAGAACUCAACCAGUCAAGAGGAAAAUAAUGAGCAAGAUAUAGUUAGACGCUCACGUAGGGCAAAAAAGACCUUGCAGAGAAAUUCAGAUUUUAUUGAAUUCCCUUCAGAUUGUGAUGAUGAAGAGCGAGGACAGCAAGGCAAGAAGGCCAAUGUUACAUUGAAGAAGACAAAACAAAGGAAGGUUUCAGAAAAGCCUGAACUAAAGACAAAUAGACGCUUGGCUUCUUUGGAGAACGUGCAUUCGGAGCCCUCGGAAGAUGAAGAAAGUGUAAAUCGUAAAAUUUCGAAUAACAGAUCUAAGAAGUCCAAAGUUGGAAAAGAAACCGGGAGAAGCAAAAAGACAGAGACGGCGCAUACCAGUAUGAACAACCAAGAGGAAUCGGAUGGAAAAUGGACAGAAGAAGAGCUACAAAAAUUGCAUGAGGCGGUGAAUUUGUUACCCAAGCACAAGAGCGGUUACUGGGAGAACGUUGCUUAUGUUGUUGGUACCCAUUCAGCUGAGGAGUGUCAGGAACAAUAUAAUGCCCAUCAGCAGUCCAACCGAAAACCUAGAAAAAGAGCACAGAUGAAACCAACUACAACCGAGGAACCAGAAAAGGCAAUCGUUGAAAUUACUGCUAAAGCUGGAACACUUAAAAGGCGACAGCAGAUGAGGUAUUUUGUGGACCAUAUUCCCAAGGAUGACCAUGAUGACGUUUUUGCCAGCUCACCUAUGCAGAGGAGGCAAAUCAAGUUGCCUGUAUUUUCUGCGAAUGGAGAUGAGGAAGAUUUCAGCCAGCUUCAAGACCCUCAGACGCCAAGUUGUAGCAUGUCUUCAGCUGUUAAAACCCCUCAGUGUCUGCAUAUCAGCCCAGGGAUGCUAGGAUCCAUAAAUAAGAAUAACAUGGACAAGUACAUUUAUCAUCUCCAGAAGAACAAAAAAGGACGUAAACAAGACAGAAAGGCUGGACCAAUGGAUAAACUCACACCAACCCCUGCAGGAAAGAAGGCCUUAAAGAGAUGUGUUGCUGAAGAUGAAGACUUUGUUGUCUGGAAUAUGCUCUCUGAUAAGGAUAUUCCAUCCAGAGCCGAUGACAGUGAUGAGGAAGAUGACUAUUUCAUGGAAUACUGCUGAAUUUCACUGUUCAGUAAUUUUAUUGUUUAGGUUGUGUGAAAUGUUUCUUAAAUGAUGGUUCUUAAUAAGUCUAAUUUUUCGGGACAGUGUUGCCAAUCACAUUUUUACACACUUUUAGCAUCCUCACAACAUCUUGUUUUAAAAUAUUUUUUGAAUUGUGUUAAAACACUUCGGCUCAAGCAUGAACUCAGUAACUAUACAAUUAUGCAGUUUUAUACGUAAAAUGUACUUCUGCAUUUUUUUAUCAGCUUCUAACUGAAGAUGGUACAUAGAAAUUAAUAAACAUACAACAAUUUAAAUUAGUUCAAAACACGUUCAGUUUGCUCAGUUUUGACUCAAACCUGCCUAAAAAGGCUGUUUUUAGAUAUUUUGUUGCACUGUAAAUAUGUAAACAAUGUAUGAACAAAUAAAUGGUAAAUGUUUA